AUUUCCUCUUUCAAGUGGUUGCGAUCUUAUCUCAUGCAUGUCACUAGAAUAUCUCAUUAACAACCACGCGUACAUACUACUGUGGUUACGUAAUAACCUAAUACAUAUUGUAAUCUAUCUAUGCACAUCCACAAUAAUAUCUGCUUAUAUCUGCACAGCUAAAGGCAUGUCAAACAGGCCCUCCACCAAAUCAAAGCUGAUGCCUUCUUCUACGAGUACUCAAAAGACCUCUUUGUCUCCAUCGGCAGCAACCCCGACAGGACAACACGACGCACUGGGAAACAAAAUAGCUGCUGGGAAAACUCCUAAAAUGGCACCCAUCGUGCACCAUGACAUAGCGAAAACCCAGGACGAUGAAGACCCAAUAUCGAGAUUUGCAAAGAAGGAGCAGCAGUCAAACAAAGCUCCCAACGAUGUCGCAAAUCUCCAAAAGAAGGCUGCAGAUGAUGGUGUUGUAGUUCCUCCUUCACUUGUGAAACACAUGGGCAACAUAGAUGAGAUUGCUCAGACGAGAAAGGCACAGCUCGAGAAAGAUAUGGAAGCAAUGAAAUCAGAUAAUGAUAAAAGCAAAUCACAGAUCCAAUCUACGAAAGCUGAUCCAAAGUUAAAAGUUCGCAUCAACGAGAAGAACUGUGUAUUAUACGAAACGAACGACUUACCGACGCUUGACGAACAGGAUGAUGAGAACGCUAUAGCCGAUCUUUAUUGAAGCUGUAAAUUACAUAACAGAUCAAAAC